AUGCUGCAAAUAUCAAAUGAUACCCCACCAAAAUUACCAAAAAUUAAUAAAUUAACAACAUCUUCAUCUUCAUCUCCACCAAAUCAAUAUCAAAAAUUACCAUCAAUUAGGAAUCAUGAUAUACAAAAUAAUUCAAAUUCAUCACAUCCAAGAUUACCAUCUAUACAAAUUAGAGAUAAUCAACCACAAACUUUACCUUCACAUCAUCAAUUAACUCAACCAUCUCAUUCACCUCCACAACAAUCACAUCCUCAUUUACCAAGUAUAAGUCAUCAUCAACCUCAUCCUUCUCAUCGUCCUCCUCAUCAACCUCCUUAUCCUCCUCCACAUCAACAACAUCCACAUGCUUAUAAUCCACAAAUUCAUCAUCCUCCACCACCUCAUUUACAAGAUGUUACUUCAUCAACAAUUAAUAAAAGAAAAGAUACUGGACAUUAUUCUUCUUCUGAUCAUGAAACUAGUUCAAAACCAACAUCGGAUUCUUUAACAAGUCAUACUUUCCCACCACCAAAACGUCAUAAACCAGUUACUUUAAAUUUAAAUGGUACCAAUAAUGCAGAUUUAGCUUUAAGAAUUGUUAGUCCAGGUUUAAUAUCAUUAAAUGAUGAAAUGAAAUCAACUGUUAAAUUAUCUCAUAAAAUUCAUCAACAACAAAGAAAUUUAAUUGCUUUAAGAAAUGGUAAAGAUUUAAAUAGUAGACAAGUUGAACCAACAUUAUCAGUUAUAACAACUGCUGCAGUAACUGGUAAUGAUCCAAAUUCUGCAAAUUUAAAUUCAGAUCAAAAAUUUAUUCUUGAAACAAUUCGUAAAAAUAAACAUAGUGAUGGAGUUAUAUUAAUUGCAAAUCCUCCAAAAGAAAAUCCACAAAAGGAAAAUCCACCAAAGGGAAUCAAUGAAGAACAACCUCCUAAUUCUCCUCAAAAGCCAAUAGUUAUAGAAGAUGAAUCUCCAACUUAUGCUGCUGAUGAUACUGAAUUAACAAGAUUAUCUGAAUUUAAAAAUAAAAAAAUGAAAAGAAAUAAUAUACCACAACCUUUAACAAUUGAUCCAUCAACUAAUUCAAUACCUAUAAGUUCACCUUCAAUACUAUCUGCUCCAAUAAGAACUAUUGCACCUGAUUUUAGAGGUAAAAAGAGACAACUAUCUCAAGCUCCUCCUGCACCUGGACCACCACCACCUCCUCAAGCUUCUAUAACAGUUCCUCAAUUCAGUAAUAGUUUUUCAUCUACAUCAUCCUCAUCAUUACCAAAUAUUGGUUCUAUUAUUCCAUCAUUAAAGAGUAAUCGAAAUGGUUUACCACCUAACGGUAUAACACCUUUACCACCUCAACUUCCUCAACAUCAAUCCUAUACUUAUGGAAAUCAAUCUUCACCUCCACCACCAUCAAAUUAUAAUCCUUUAAAACCAGUUACAAGAUCAGGUGUACCACCAAGAUUUAGAACUCAUGGUAGCAAAUCAACUUCAGCAGUUCCAUUUACAUUAACACCAACUUCAUCAUCUCAAUCACAAGCAAAUAUACAAUAUCAACAACAACAAGAAUCAAUAAAAGCAUCAUUAUCAAAUCAAAAAAGUGCGGUAACUGAUGUUUUUAAUGAUAAUCAUCAUAGAGCUGCUCCAUUAAAUUCUCAACCACCUUCAACAAGACGUGAAUUUUUUACAAAUGGUCAAAAAAAUAUUAUAUUAGAAAAUGAUGAAAAUUCGAAUCAACCUGUACCUCAAUAUGUAUCAGUAUAUCCACCACCACAAACACAGUACUAUAGACAACCUUUACCACCUCAAGGACAAAUUGAUCCAAAUCAAAAACCAUAUCCACCACAACCAUAUAGUAUACCUAUAGCACCAUCAUCAUCAUAUGGACCACCACCACCACCAAAUACUUUUAAUAAUGGUAAUAUUUCAUCUUCACAAACUUUUCAAUUACAACAAGUUCCUGAUUCUCAAUCACCAUUAAAAAGUGGAGAAAUAUUUGGUAGUGUAAAUUUUAUGAAUGAAAAUGUAUUUAAUUUUAGAAUAUAUGAGAAGAAAGAUAAGGAGGAUGAAAAAAAUGGUAAAAAAGAAGAAGAUACAAAAGGUAAUGAUAAAAAGGAUGAUAAGACAGAUGAAGAAAUUAUAAAAAUUGAUGAAGAACCAAAAAGGAAAAGAGGUAGACCAAGUACUAAAACUGAAGAUAAAGAGAAAGAGAAAGAAAAAGAUAAAGAUAAAAAGGAAGAAAAAGAUAAAGAAAAAGAUAAAGAUAAAAAAGAAGAAUCAGUAGAAUUGGAUAAAAAUAAAGAAAUUGAUUUAUCUUAUCAAAAAGAAAAAUUUAUGAAAAUUUGUGAAACUUGUUGGGAUGAAUUUGUAAAGACUAGAAAAGAACAUUAA